CUGACUACAACCUGCCUUCAGACGACGCCCCACGGCCCGUGAGAUUUGCGCACCAGAGCGCCGCCGCAACCACCGUGCGUAUUUUUCUCGCGCCAGAAGGAAACCAUCCUCGUUCGGUCUCCUCCGUCCUCACGUUCCUGCCGGGCUGUGCGCACACGCUGCCCCGCGGCAUCACCUCAGCAUUACCAGGCAGGCUGCCUCUCAGAGGAGGAGGAAGAAGCAGCAGCAGCAGUAGAGGAGGAGGAGGAAGAGGAGGAGGAGGAGGAGGAGGAGGAGGAAGGGGUGGCAGAGUAUUCCGAAUUGACGCUCAGAAAUAAACAAGACGACAGACAGCCUGGUUUUGGGAGACGUCCGCGGCGGGGAAGCGAAUCUGCAUGAUGGCUGAUGAAGUGUCCCAAGAGGAGAGAAUCCAGGCCAUCUCUGAGAAAAGGAAGAAGCAGACGGAGAUCGAGAACAAGAGGAGGCAGCUGGAUGAUGACCGAAGGCAACUCCAGCAUCUCAAGCAAAAGGCACUGAGGGAGCGCUGGUUGUUAGACGGAGCUCCGGCCGAGGAGGAGACUCAGAAGCGUCUGCACGAGGACGAGGUGAAGACCAAACUUCUGGAGCAGGUCAUCCUCAGGCUGGAGCGAGACAUUGAAGAGCUGGAGAACGAGGAGCCAGAGAACCAGGGUGUGGCCAAAGAAAAUGGAGGUGAAAAUGGAGUAGUGCAGACCUCCGGUCACACCCCCAAGAGAGAGGUGACAGGGAUAGAGGCCAAGCUGCUGGGUCCCAGUCCUGACCAGGCCAGCGAGGACAACCCCGUCACGCUGGUGUUCAUGGGCUACAAGACCGUGGAAGAGGAGCAGGAGAGCCGCACGGCCCUGGGAAUGGAGGAGGCGGACGGCAACGUGAAGGCCGAGUUGGUCGUGAUCGAAGACGGGGAGGGGAAGGCCGGCGGAGAGGCAGCCGCCGACGAGCAGGCGCCGCCCAACGGCAGCAUGGCAGAGAAGGAGAAGGCCAAUGGGGCCGGGGAGGAGGGAGAGAAGGAGAAGGAGAAGAAACAGACCUGCAAGUGUUGCACGGUCAUGUGAGAUGUGUGCAUGUAAAUGUGUGUGUGUGUGUGUGUGUGUAAAUGUGUGCGUGUGUGUGUGUGUGUGUGGAUGGGGACACACCUGCAUCUGUGUGAGUGUGUGUGUGUGGAUGGGGACACACUUGUGCAUCUGUGCAGGCAUGUGUCUGUAUUUGAAGUGUGUGUGUGUCUGUGUGUGUGUGUGUGUGUGUGUCUGUAUGUGUGUGUGUGUGUGUGUGUGUGUGUGUGUGAGGACUGGGGGGAAAUAACAGAAAGCGAAGUACACAGCCGAUUUACCAACAAUGAGAGCCAAUACAAGCUCCAGCUACAACAAGAACCACAAAGACUCAUACGUACACUUUACUCGGUAUACUUUCUCUGAUAUGUAUUUGACUUUUGAUUUCUAUUGAUAUUUUUCUAUUUUUCUGUCUUGACAUUUAUAUUGUAUUCAGUAUGUAUAUCUUUAAUUAUGGGACUGUGUACUGUAAGUUCAUUGUCAUUAUUGUUGGGGGGAAAAAAACUGUAAUAACUGUAUUAGCUCUCUGGAUUGUACUGCGAACCCACUUGGGUGGGGGGGGGGGGGGGAUCUGGAAACUCUAAACCAUUUAACAGCAAACUAUGAAGGAUACAGAUACUUAAAUAUAUAUAAAUAUAUAUUUGUCUGUGUAGGCCUACCAACUAUUUAUCAGUCAAUUUCAUAUUACAAUAUUGUCUAAGAUAUUAUUUUAAAUAGUAUUUUAAUAUAUUGAUAUGAAAUUAUGUUUUAUACAAUGUAUUUAUUGUUUUUGGCUUCUCUAUACCAUCCCCAACCAUUAACUGCAUGUAAAGCUUGUAAGCACUUAGCGUAACAAUCAUCACAAGUGUCCGUGCUUUCUUAGACUCAUAUGUGCUCAUAUCUAAAGUCACACAAGUGUUUCGAUCGGUAACGGUGAGUAUAAUUUUGCGGUGUUAGAGAUAUGCAUUGACUUUUAAUAGGGAAACUACAACACUGACCACGUUGCAAACUGCAUAGACGCUGUACUUGACACGUGUACACGAGGAUCACAGCUUUUGUCUUUUUACUUUUGUCGAGUAAGAUGGACACACUUAAGAAGCCGUUGCACAGCGACUAGAAAUGCUUUAAGGAUUUUUUGCUCUCUCAGCCGUAGAAUCAAUGUAAAUCUUAUGAGGUAGCACUGCAUGAAGCCUUGCAACAUUUUUGACUGUCUUUGUCACUUUUGUUCGGUCUUUUUAUUCUGUGCUGUCACGUUCACAUGAAUGUAAAGUCCAGGGGUUAAAUUGGGAUUCACUCUACCGUCAUAACAAGAAGAGGCGAGUUCGCUCGGCGGUAAAAAAAAAAAAAAACUAAAGAAAAAAGAAGAAGAAGGUUUUUGUCUCUUUAUCAACCAAAUAAAAUCUGAUGAUUCUGUAA